CACACGUCCGAAUCACCGCCGACGACAGUGCACAGUAAAUACACUGGCGACGGGCAAAGCAACAGUGUCGCUGCUUUUCGCAUUGUAUUCCCCCAUUGGGCGUGGUAAAUGAGUGACAGCAAAGUGAUGGACAGUGAUUGGAAUACGGAAACUUACCGUACGAUUCCGCAGAUGGAGCUUGCGGAACCACCUGAGACCAAGGACACCCGGAGCGAUGGGCCCCGGCACCAGCAGAAGAGCCCCCAGGGCAAUAUGUUCGUGCAGAGCAUGUUCGACAUGACGCUAAUAACGAUCAACUUUUGCCAAAUAUGCUACAUACUGAAGGUUGGCCCCGGUUUGGGAUGGCUGUACUACUUUCUGCUCGGUCUGUUCGGUGUGUCGCUCGUGGUGCUGUUCAUACACGGGUUCAUGGGAUUGUGCGGACGGUUUCGAUGCAGCAAACCAAUCCCGAUCGGCUGUUUCAACUGCCUGUACAACACGUCCAUGUUUAUGGUGGUGAUUGUGUACAUGGUCAAUCUGGUCGGGAGCGUGCUGAUGCUGAAGGAAGCCGAGAACAAGUGCCAACUGAUGCUGGAGCAUACGAAAUCGAUCAUCUCUCCGGUGGUCGAUUUGCCGCAACCUGAUUUGAGCUCAUAGUGGGAUUCCACUUGUUUCGGUUGAAAUUAUCCUUACAGAAGAAUGCACUAUAGAAGAUUGUUGCUUUUCAGUUACGUCUCAAUUUUUAUGUUUGUGACAAAUGGUCAGAUCGGGGUACAUAUAGGGUUUUCCAGGAGUUCUCAUAGCUGUGGGACACUUCAUUGACUCUUUCUUACAUGAAAUUAAUUUUAUGUAAUAGGAAUUUGACUCUAUAGCAUCCUUGUUGGACAAAUCUAAUAGGAAUUUCCAAGGAGCCUGUCCAAAAAGGGUACCAUAGAGUCCAAUUUCCAACAUAUGAAGUUCACUUCCUGCAAGAAAGAGUCAAGAAAGUAUCCCACUCCUAUGAGAACUCCUGGAAAACCCUGUAAUGUUGAAAAAGAAUAAAUUAUUCCGCGAUUAGAAAAGGCUA